AAUUGGGCGCAUCGCGAGUAGGAUCCCCCAUCUCAUUCACACCUUGGUUCAUCUUUCUCUCUGGCCCAAUUGCAUUCUUGCUGCAUCGUGAGUCCUCACUCAAGUUGCUUGGCAGUAGUCUGUCACAAUCCUGAGAAGCGAAAACCGGAAUUGGGCCGCCCGCCGUCGGACCACGUCGUUUAUUCCUGUGGCAGGAUGGUGAGCGCCACCACGGACGUCGCCCUGCGUGGAAAUGAGGAGGGUCUAGGAUGGCUUGUCCAGAAGUUUGGUGGGACGAGUGUUGGCAAGUUUCCAGACAAGAUUGCCCGUGAUAUUGUCAAAGCGAGUUUGGCUGGAAACAGAGUGGUCGUCGUAUGUUCAGCGAGGAGCACAGGCAAGAAGGCAGAAGGCACCACAAGCCGACUCCUGGGCGUGUACGAGAAGCUGCGUGCCGUCAACACGGCUGGUGCCAGUUAUGAGGACCAGCAGCAGCUCAUCGAGGAGGCCAACGCGCUCAUCAUCAACAUCUGCAACGACCACGUCUUUGCGGCCGAGUCCUUUGUCCCAGAGACUGGCAACCUUCGGUCCAAUCUGAUCGAGUGUAUCAAGGCAGAGUGCCAGGAGCUGAGCGAGUACAUUGUCGCCGCGAAACGCUUCAACCUCGAGAUCAAUGCCCGGUCCAAGGAUCGCGUGGUGAGCUUUGGCGAGAAGCUGAGCUGCAUGUUCAUGACCGCCCUCCUCAAGGGUACCGGCGUGGACGCUGAAUACGUGGAUCUCUCCGACAUCUUCCACAAUGACACAGCCAGCGCGCUCGGACAGCAGUUCUACACAAUGGCCGCGGCGGCCUUCGCCUACAAGGUGGAACGCUGCGGAUCGCGGAUCCCCGUGGUUACGGGCUUCUUUGGCAACGUGCCGGGAAGUCUGAUGGAAGGCGACAUUGGGCGAGGCUACACAGAUCUGUGUGCUGCGCUGUUUGCGGUUGGGCUUGGGGCACAGGAGCUGCAGAUCUGGAAGGAGGUGGACGGCAUCUUCACGGCCGACCCGACCAAGGUGCCCACGGCCAGUCUGCUGACAAGCAUCACGCCCUCGGAAGCGGCUGAGUUGACCUUUUAUGGCUCCGAAGUCAUCCACCACCUCACCAUGGACCAGGUCAUCCACGCCGAGCCCCCGAUCCCGAUCCGCAUAAAGAACGUCAACAACCCUCGGGGUAAUGGCACCCUGGUCGUUCCCCGACCACAGCAGGCCAGGAAACAGCACACGCGGGAGCCCUCCCUCCUCACACCAGGUUCGCCGCCUCGUCCACCCAAACGUCCCACCGCCGUCACGAUCAAGGACAACAUCAGCAUCAUCAACAUCCACAGCAACAAGAGGUCCAUCUCGCACGGCUUCUUUGCGCGCGUCUUCAAGAUCCUCGACCAGCACUCUGUCUCGGUGGACCUCAUCUCGACCAGUGAGGUCCACGUCUCCCUGGCGAUCCACUCGGGCAGUCUGCUGCUCGAGCACAUCUCGGCCGCCCAGAGGGAACUCGAGGAGUGCGGCGAGGUCAGCAUACACACCAACAUGUCCAUCCUGAGUCUUGUCGGUGCGGAUAUGCGGCAGAUGGUCGGUAUUGCCGGCCGCAUGUUUUCCGUGCUCGGUGAACACCAGAUCAACCUCGAGAUGAUCUCGCAGGGCGCGAGCGAGAUCAACAUAUCGUGCGUCAUCGAUGCGAUGGACGCCACGAGGGCGAUGAACGUCCUCCAUACGCAUCUUUUCACCUUUUUGGACGACUGAGCGCGUCUACGCGUCAGGUCCACGUGUGGACAGCUGGUGUAUUCUCAUUUUCUUAUUUCACGGUGGUACUCAAUCGAAGGAUGGGAUUUGGUAUAUACUGUGCAACGUAUGGAGUUUGGGAUUUCGGAAUAGACCUAGCAUCCCAUGAAUAUUCCUUUGCUACUCUGUGUCAAAGUGACACGGUCUUGACUCGUCCACAGGGCUAAUGUAUUCAUACUUGUUUGUCCAACAACACCAGAAAGUACUCCAAAUCUA